UCACCGCGCAUUGUUUUGCAAUCCCCCGCAACGCGGGAGCCCAAAACGCCGGUUCGUAUCGUUUGUUCACCGGCUCCACGAGACCGCUUAACGCGUUUCCAUCAAGCCAAAAAGCUUAUUGCAGCGGUGCUUUCGAUUUGGAACGAUUCUCCGCGACGCUCCUUUAGUAUAUACCGGUCAACACAUGGACUCGUAAUUUUCCAACCAUUCUCAAAAAAAUUUACUAAAGACCCUAUUUUCGUAAUAAUUGCUUAUUUUCAAACUUUUUCAUAAAAUGGCUUGUACAAUAGGGAAAUUCAUUGUAAUUUUUCUGACUGUGCAAUUUUGGUGUGGGGUAGUUAGCGGAGGCAGUUGCGGGGAAGCGAAAUUAUGCUGCACCGGGCGCGACUCUUCUUGUGUAGUGCAAAAAGCUCCGAUUAACGCGAUUAAUGAGGACUUGAGCGAUAAACCCUGUUAUUGUGACCAUGCCUGCUUAAAACUCGGGGACUGCUGUCCAGAUUUUAAAGAUGCUUGUGGAGUGGUAGACUGUCAGGUGACCCCUUGGGGUCCAUGGUCAUCAUGCGAUGCUGAUUGUGGACCUGGUACAAUGUUUCGCUCCAGGUCGAUCAGAAUGCAGCCUCAAAAUGGUGGACGACAUUGUCCAAGUCUGGAGCAAAGGCGUAGCUGCGAAGUUUCCACUUGCUUUCAUCAUCCAGAUCCCGCAAUUAAAGAAAUUGCCUUGCUUCUUCCUGGUGCCCUGUCCCAAACAAGGAAAACAAACGCUACCAGUGAUAUAAGGAAAAAUUUGAACGUCAGAAAUCCAUCAAGAAACCCCCAAUAUGACCCUCAAAAAACGUACUGCAUGGAGUUUGAGGUGUUAAAAGCGUCCAAAGCAUGUAGAAAAGAGCCUGACUAUAAAACACUUAAAGAAGGUGAAAAAGUCUGCAUCUAUUGCGAAUCUGAGGCUCUACACGAAACUCUAGGAUGGAGAUGUCAAGGGCACGGAGUAGAAGGAAGAGUUACAAGAUGGUCAGCACUCUCAGCACCUCAUUGUCAUGGCAAAUGGUUACGAGCCAGAGGUGAAGUAGAUCGCACUUGUGAGGACCGGACUUGCAAGGAUCCAGAUGCCUCGUUUAUAUUCGUUUAAAAUUUAAGAGAUUCGUUAUUAAACUCGUUUUGUGACCAAAAAUAUGCAUAAAAGUUUAUAUAUUAUUUUAAAGCGUAAUUUAGCAUAUCCUGAAACAAAAUGCAUGGAAACCAAUAUAUAGUGUGUGACAAAAGUAUUCAUUAUUUUAUAUUUUAAUUUUUAUACAGGGCAAUUAGACAAAAGUCCCUUUUUAAAAGUUAGACAUGUAGGGCAGUGUUUAACUCAUUCUUCGACUGAUUUAUGUUUUAGAUUUAUUCUUUAUUAUAAUAUACAUGUGGAAUUCUGUUAACUAAACUAUUUAUAACCUGAACAACUAACGUUUUAAUUUGAUUCUAAUUUAUGAAAAAAAUUAAAAACUUGGACUAUAUGUAUAAAAUUAAAAUGAAGCCCACUAUAAUCAAAAGAAUAGUUUUUAUAUUUACUAACCCUUAAAUAGGUAUACCAAUAAUCUGUUUAAAUUGUAGUUAACAAAACUAGAAUACCAUUAGCAGACUGCGUGUUAGGAUUAUAUAGGAACAAGUUUUCCUAAAUUCGUUUUAUAUACAAAAAAUGAAAACAAUUUUACAUACCAAAUGUCAAAAAAGUGUUCAAUUGGUAUGUUAAAUGCAAAAAAAAUCUAAAAACUUACUACUUAAUUAUAUUAUUGUUAUUCGUAUAGUAUAACCAAAAGUGUUUUUACUAACAAUACUGUAAAUACAUAGAGAUAAUAAUAGUAAUCAAAAUAAAAAUAACCACGGGAAGAAACAAAGAGUGUUCCAGAUCGGGAAUUGCGCUUCUUGCCUUUCUUCCCUAGGUUAGUGAUGUACUGAUUUUCGGUAGUGUCAAUAACCUAUAUAUUUUGUCAACACAUAUCAAGAACUUUAAUAACGAUAAAAGUUUGACUGUUUAUAUUAAUUAUUAUUUUCCCUUAUUAAUAAAAAUAAAUAACAAGUUCCCUG